GGGGUGGGGAUGCGUGCUGUGGGACUGCCCAAUACGUGCGGGCUUUUGAGCGGCGGCAUGGCGGCCGAGGGGCUUUGGAGAGGGCUGCUGACCUGCUGUGGAGGCGUCUGGGCGACCACUGUCCCUCCAUAGCCCGUGCACCCUGCUGGGAAAUCGCCGUUCAUGUCUCCCUCGUUUGCUGCCGUCUUCUUGGAGUUUGAGAGAGCUUCUUUCGAACUCAUGAGCCGAGCUGGAUCUGCGAACUUGGUCUCAGGCACUCAAAUGACAUAGAAAGGGGGCUUGUCCUGCAACACGAGUAGGAAAAUGGUGAUCUUAUACAUAGUCAUAAGUUUCACAAAACAAUGAAUUUCGACCCAGCCCAGAUCGAACUGCGCAUGCGUAAAACUCAGCCAACAAUCGAUAUAAUCACGAGGGCCGGGCUAUAGGGGAGGCAAGAGAGCUCAGGAAUCCAAUGGCUGUUUCCCUGCCUGUCGUUCUUCUGUCCAUACUGCUAUUCUUCGCCUAUGGUGCAACCAGCGGACGCUGCGAUGUGACUCCCGUCGUCUGCGAUCAAUUAGCAUACACCCUGGGACCCACAGACCCUCGAUUACCCUCUCUUCCUUCCCAGUUCUCCACCACCGUGCAGGCAGUGGUGCAGUCAAGAGGCCCGGGGGAGAUAUCUGUGCGAGAGUACUUUGACGACGUGGGGAACCGCGGCCGUAUGGACUUCGCCUACAACGGCACCUCCGGCUACUUGCUCGUCGACUAUGAAUCGCUGCAAAUCUUCAGCGUUGUGGGAGCAACGGAGUGCACUGUGCGGGUGGUGGAAGAGAGUAAUCCAGGGCUGAGGGAGACAUUCGGUUUUCGUCUCCAGGAGGGUGCACCUCACAUUGGCACCGCGGCCCAUUUCUUCCGCACAAACGACACUGACAGUGUAUUAUUUAUGGGACAAGAAGAUCUCCGAGGCAUACCCUGUAAUCACUGGCAAUCGUGCUACACCCUCUCCGAUAGGUCGUAUACAAUCGACUACUAUUUCUCGAGGAAUGACUCUAAUUGGACCUCGUCGUACAGGAGUGACCCCGUCCCGGUCAUGAUUAUUGUGAACGGAACAAACGAAGAUGAAUCGAUGAACAGCACACGCAGCGUACUGAACACUUACACUUUUGUCGAUUUCAACGUCGGUCCCGACUCCGUACCAGACGACGUUUUUCGGGUUCCGAAUGGUCUGUCGUGCAAGGGGCGUGCACCGGGUAUGCCCCUUCCAUCACUGCCUGAUUACUUCAGCGCUUUUUUCGAAGCGGUCGAUGAGAACAACAAAACUGUCAGUGUUUUCAGGGAAUUUUAUGACUUUAAGCACACGUUGUUCCGAGUGGACUUCUACAGUGCGGGAGAUAGCGAUUUGUCAACUGGGCCGCACACCUUCAUCCAAGAUUUCGACCUGGAGACCCAGUAUGUCAUUGACAGACGAUACGGGAACUGUUCAAUUUAUGCCAUCGAACCUCAGGGGGCCUUCGACGUUAGUGUGGUCAACGGAACGGCCGCCCUCGUGACCUCGUCCCAGCUGUUCCUCCUGGAGGACGGCUCAAACUAUACCUACGAGGGAGUGAGCACCGUUCGUGGAGUAGAGGUCGAUACCUGGGUGUACUACACGGCCUUCAAAACGCUUCGUUCGGGAUCAAACAUGACCGACGCACUCCACGAAGUGUUUUUCACUCGUCCCGAGUGGAAGAUAGGGACGCACUCUUCCGCCAGGUCCUCAGAGUCUUCCCUGUGGAGGUCAAGGUACACGGGGACUAUUACCUACGUCAACGACACGACAAAUAGCAGCGAGACUCGUCAAUUUACGGGGACGUACGAUUCGUUUGCAUUUGACAGUGGACCACCCGACCAAGAUGUUUUCGACACGUCGGUGUGUGUACAGAGCGGCCAGUUCUACGUCGUGGGGCUGUUUGUACCGGUGACGGGGAUCGAAGUGGAUUUCUCAAAACUUCCUCAGAACCUGAGAACUGCCAUUAGGGGGUUCACUGGCGUCAGACCUCUUCAAGUUGGAAACAUUCAGGUUGAUAAUGGUGAUGCAGCAGAGCUACUCGUUGUCUUCCACAUUUCAAACCUCUCCAACGUAUCGCUCCCCGCACUGCCCUCCGCCCCUGUCUCCGCCUUCCAGGCCAUCACCGCCCUACAUGACUCUGCCGUAGUCAACAACAACAAACUGAACUUUAAGAUCGCCCUAUCGACCGACGGUAAACAAAGCGCUCGACCCGAGCUCGUGUACCUCCGUAACGAAAACGGGACGGUCUACCAUCGAUCCAGCAGCAGUGGUGAUUCUGACUCGGAUGAUGAUGGUUUGUCGGACGGAGCGAUAGCUGGUAUAGCGGUGUGGAUGUUCAUCCUCGGUGCUGGGCUGGGGGUGAUAGGGACACUGGGGGUCCUGGCUCUAAUGCCGUGCCUGCGGAAGAGGUCCUUCACUCCGGCCAAGGUCUCGUACAAGAAACACGAAGACGAACAAGUGACCGUUAGUGAGUAGUGUGUUAUUAGUAUUCAUUGGAUGGGGCUUUUUACAGUCACCUGUAUCAUAUAAUUGUUUCAUAAUUCUUGCUUCUUACGACUAACAAUGAUAGUGGCGUGGCGCAAAGCUCACACGAGAGAAAGUGAUCAGUACAUUGUGUAUAGUGGCCGCAUGGAGCCAUUUUAAACAAAAAAACGAACGCACGAAAUGAGUGUGAUAUCAGACUUUGUGUGAUAGUACAGAAGGUGGGUGCAGGUGUGUAUUGUAACAGUCUUCUAUCAAAGAGUACUCCAGGCACCUCUUGCACCACGACUCAGGAUUGUCCUUCAUGAAAAGAAAGAGCCAUCACACACUUGGUCACAGUGUAAAUAUAUAAACCCUUGCACUAUGUAUAUACAGGCACAACAAAUUUGCAGCAUAAAAGCAGUGUGUGGAAGGUCUACUUGAUACAUUCACAUACACAUUAUAAUAAUGAAAAG